AUGGCAAAGAACGGAGAAACAGUGGAGACGAAGAGGGUUGGGGAGACGGUGGAAUUUGGAGACCCAGUAAUGGAAGCUACUGGAACAGAUAUACCACAGAUACAGAAACACGUAUUUGAGGCUCCAUUACAACUUGUAUUGGGUGAAUUACAGAAAGCAUUAUAUGUUGUAGGGCAGAUUAUACAAACUCCCAGAUUCAAAAGUCUUCUCAAACGCCUUGAAAAAACCCUAAAAAGCAUCGAGCAGGUGUUUUAUGAAAGCUGGAGAUUAAGCAAGGUGUUGGAUCAUCCUGACAAAGAGACGAUAAAGUUCAUCUCUUAUCUUCGGAAUGCCAUUGAGAUCGUUGUCAAGUGCUCCAGCAUCAAUUGUCAGACCAUGAGCAAAAAAGUUCUUCAUUCAAAUAAGCUGAUGCGUUUGAACAACGAGCUCUUGAGGUUCUUCCAGAUUGAUGUGCAGGAGAAAACGAUGAACACUAGUAUGACGGAUUCAAUUGCGAUUUCCGGAUUGGAAGACAAUUCAGUAGUUGCCUUUUCUGCAGAUGGAUAUUCGAGAGUAUGUAAUCUUGUUCAUCUCCAGAAUCUCAGCAUCACCAAUUGCCAUGAGCUGGAUGUUCUUCCUAAAAAGUUGGGGAAUCUUUCCAAUCUUGAGAUCCUCAACCUCCAUUGUUGCACAAAACUACAAGAAAUACCAGAAUCGAUUGGAAGUCUUCAUAAUCUGAGCUUCCUUGAUUUAUCUGAUUGUUUGAGUAUAAGUCUAUUACCAGAUGAAAUUGGGGAACUAUGCAGCCUGAGAGUGGUUAAGAUGAGUGGUGUUCAUGGAUUACAAGAGUUGCCAGAUUCCAUGAGCAAAUUGUCACAGUUGGAAGAAGUGAUAUGUGAUGAAGAGACAUCGUAUUUGUGGAUGGAUUUUGAAAGUGAUCUCUAUAAUUUGAAGUUAAACGUCGUUGAAGAUGACAGGUUUGAAAGCUUUAUGAAAAUCGUUCAGUAA